CCAGAGCCACAGCGGCGGCCUUCGCCAUGCGCAAGCAGUGGGAGGCCAAGGCCGCGUCCUUCCAGCGCGGACUCGAGCACGUGAGGCACUGCCACGCCGGUGACGCGUGCGGCAGCUCGCUCUGCCACUCCACGCGGCGCCUGAUGAAGACGUACGCGACCCACCCGUGCCCCAAGAAGAGCGGCAAUAAUAAUACCAGCAACAGCAGCGCGGACUGCCGCGUGUGCAAGCUCUGGGACUUCCUCACGGCCUCGCAGCAGCCGCAGCAGCUGCCGAGGCUACAGCGCGCCUUGGCGCAGAAUGGAGGCCUCAGCUGCGGCUCGGCGCUCCUGCAGACGCGUCGACUGAGCCGCCCCAGCGUCCUGACCCGCCGGAUCGCCACUGCGCAGAAGGAAGCGCAGACUAUGCUGCGUCGCUGUUAAUUGGCAGCGACCAGCGGAGAUCCUGCUCGAGUCAAGACGAGAGAGAUAUGAAGAAGAACGAGGAGAAGACGGCAGAUGGAUGCUCAGCUUCUCCAUUUUU